AGCUGGAGACAACCAAAAAGCAACCAGCAUUUCUCCCUGGGAACAGCCGUACAGGUCGCCUGGAAGAUUUGAGCAUUGCCAUCAAGUGCUGUCUGACAAGAGUUUGUACUUCAGCCGCUACUGUUUUGAGGUUGAGAUAUGAGGCUGAUACCUUGGCAUGACGUACAGAAGCAUUGACCGGGCAGGUUCCGAAAGCAACAGUUGCACCUCGGGGAACAACUUCACCUGGAGCAUCCUGCAAAAUGGGAAAGGGUUUUCUGCAUGGCGCAGUGAUGUGGAGAUGCCCGUCAAAAUGGAUGUGUUUGGUAGGACAGAGGUCUACUCGAACUACCCCAGCACGACCUGGUCCUUUUUCGGGGUCGCCUAUGUUGACGUGACCUUGAUGCACCAGUUUGAGUAUGAUUUUGCUGAGGUCCUCUGCGCUGACUUUUGGCUUUUAAAGAAAGACAACUGUCAGG